AUGCUAGGAGAGGGUGUCACUCGUAAGAAGCUAGGAGAGGGUGUCCCUCGUAAGAGGCUAGGAGAGGGUGUCCCUCGUAAGAGGCUAGGAGAGUGUGUCCCUCGUAAGAGGCUAGGAGAGGGUGUCCCUCGUAAGAGGCUAGGAGAGUGUGUCCCUCGUAAGAGGCUUGGAGAGGGUGUCCCUCGUAAGAAGCUAGAAGAGGGUGUCCCUUCUAGGAGAGGGUGUACGCGUAAGAAGCUAGGAGAGGGUGUCCCUCGUAAGCGGCUAGACGAGGUAGUCACUCGUAAGAAGCUAGGAGAGGGUUUCCCUCGUAAGCGGCUAGAAGAGGUAGUCACUCGUAAGAAGCUAGGAGAGGGUGUCCCUCGUAAGCGGCUAGACGAGGUAGUCACUCGUAAGAAGCGUGGAGAGGGUGUCCCUCGUAUUAGGCUAAGAGACGGUGUCCAUCGUAAGGAGCUAGGAGAGGGUGUUCCUCGUAAGAGGCUAGGAGAGGGUGUCUCUCGUAAGAGGCUAGGAGAGGGUGUCCCUCCUAGGAGAGGGUGUACGCGUAAGAAGCUAGGAGAGGGUGUCCCUCGUAAGCGGCUAGACGAGGUAGUCACUCGUAAGAAGCUAGGAGAGGGUUUCCCUCAUAAGCGGCUAGACGAGGUAGUCACGCGUAAGAAGCUAGGAGAGGGUUUCCCUCGUAAGCGGCUAGACGAGGUAGUCACUCGUAAGAAGCGUGGAGAGGGUGUCCCUCGUUUUAGGCUAAGAGACGGUGUCCAUCGUAAGGAGCUAGGAGAGGGUGUCCGUCAGAAGGGGCUAAAAGACGGUGUUCAUCGUCAGAGGCUAUGA